GAUCAAGAACGCAGGCAGUCCACAAGGGCAAGCGAAUAUUCACGCCUGCUCUUCAUGCCCCCAUCAGCAUAUGGCCCUCUCGCUCAGGAGGACGAUCGAGAAGACGUUGAUGUAGCAUCGAUGACUCGCGCUUCCGGGCAUGGGUUACUGCCACGACCUCCCGUAUACUACGGAGAAGGACCCUUUGACCCACCAAGUUCAGACGAUGAAUCAGAGGAGCUCCUGAGUAAACAGGAAGCAGGAUCAGAUGGACUUGCCGAACGGGGCCAGAUAAUGGCAAAUGAAGUGGGAAGUUCAGGGUUGUAUGUCGGACGACGCCGGGAAUGGUCGUCCAUGCGAUGGUUGGUAUUUUCUCUGGUCGGGCUGGUGUCCUUCGCAGCUGUAAUUGGUGUUUUCGCUGGUCUCUCGUACAAAGAGACAAAACACAUUGUUAGAGGUAACGAGCAGAUAACUAUGGAUCAUAUAUUCAAUGGCACGUUCUCGGCCGAACGAGCCAGCCUUAAUUGGGUACCAGAAGCCGGUGACGGAGUAUUUUCUAUCGAGCAGCAUGGUUUCAUCACACUGGUGGACCUGAAGACAAACACCUCGACCAAUCUUCUUGCAACGGAAGACGUGAAAGAUGAACAUGGGAGGCGUCUCUAUUGGUCUAGUUGGAGACUUUCUCCCGAUAUGAAGUACAUGCUCGUGAAGGCAGACACCCGCAAGCAAUGGCGUUGGUCGAGCUUUGGAAAUUACUAUGUGCACAACCUGGAUACUAACGUAACUCGUCCGAUAAUUCCUCCCUCGCAUCCGCCUGUCACCGCAUAUGCUACCUGGUCUCCCACUGGAGAAAGCAUCGCUUAUGUUGUGAACAACGACCUAUACGUCCUUGAAGCCCCCUCUGCGUCAAGCACGCCAAUACGUAUCACUGCGUCCGGCAACGCGUCACUGUUCCAUGGCGUCCCUGACUGGGUGUAUGAAGAAGAAGUCUUCGGCGCAGACUAUGCCCUCUGGUGGUCACCAGACUCAAGCAAGAUCGCAUACCUCGCGUUGGACGAAACCUUGGUCGACGAGUUUAUCUUCCCUAUCUAUAACCCUACAAACGACGCCAAUGCCGUAAUACCCUAUACAGAACAGGUCACGAUGAAGUACCCUAAACCUGGGUACAAUAACCCUCUCGUGUCUGUGCACGUGUUCGACGUGGCCAGAUACUUGCAAGAGAGAGCCAUCGUGGAGGAUGUUUUGGCCGAUGAGUUCACUCUAGAGCUUGAUUGGAGUGGAAGACAUCCGAAAAACAACAGUAUCAUCACGGAGGUUACCUGGGUAGGGAACAAUAGUCUGCUUGUCAAGGAAAGCAACCGCAACGCCGAUGUAGGGAACGUUGUUUGGUUCAACCUGGACGACACACGCAUGGCAGGGAAGGACUUCGGGCGUGUGGUACGCAAGCUAGGCAAGGGUGGUGAACACGGGGACAAUGGUUGGAUAGAGGCGGAGCAACGUAUCUACCCUCUUCCAUCAAGUUUGACAGGUAGUGUCUCCGCGUAUCUAGAUAUCGUGCCAACAAAGGAAGGGUUCAAUCACAUCGCGCUGUUCACUCCUGCCGAUUCAAGCACGCCUAUAUUCCUUACAUCAGGAAACUGGGAAGUCACGGAGGGUAUCCAGGCAGUAAAUACGGAGCGUAGGCUGGUAUACUUCCAGGCAGCCAAUCCAUCCAUUGAGCGUCACAUAUAUUCCGUGCACCUUCCGACCUUGGCGAACAUUACUGCUUCGGCGCUGCAGAAAGAGCCAACCUUGUUACCCGAGAGUUCAUCUACCGGAUAUUAUGGUGCUCGCUUCUCGCCGAUGGCCGGUUUUUAUCUUCUAAGUUAUGAGGGUCCAAAUAUUCCAUGGCAGAGGGUCGUGAAAACUAAUGACAGCGCAUUUAAUUUCGUGCUCACGGACAAUGUUCAUUUGAACGAAACAUGGACGCGCUUCGAGGCGCCCAUCAUUCAACACUCCACCAUCGAGAGCGAUGGCUAUGAAUUGAAUGCAGUGGAGAUUAGGCCUCCGCAUAUGGAUGAUUCCGGACGAACGAAGUAUCCUGUACUUUUUCGUGUAUACGGAGGGCCAGGUUCCCAGCUUGUCAAUACGCAGUUCAAUCGCGAUUGGCACCAUUAUGUGGCGUGUGCCUUGCAAUACAUCGUUGUGACUGUCGAUGGGCGAGGAACUGGGAUGAAGGGCAGAAAGCUUAGAAACCCGGUCAAGGGCAAUCUGGGCUGGUGGGAAGUCGAGGAUCAGGUCAAUGCCGCCAGACUUUGGGCAUCGAAGGACUAUGUAGAUGUGAAACGCAUUGGCAUCUGGGGUUGGUCUUACGGCGGUUUCAUGAGUUCGAAGAUUGUAGAAAAAGAUGCAGGCAUCCAUUCAUUGGCCAUGGCAGUGGCGCCUGUCACAAGCUGGCAGUUGUAUGAUUCAAUCUAUACGGAACGCUAUCUUAAUCUUCCCGACUUGAAUCCCGGAGGAUACCAGAAUGCCUCUGUAUCAAACGUUACCGCAUUUUCCAAGAUGGAAUACUUGCUAGCUCAUGGAAGCGGAGAUGACAACGUGCACUUCGCCAACUCGGCACACCUGUUAGAUAUGCUCACAAAGGCCCAAAUUCGAAAUUUUAGAUUCAGGAUGUUCACGGACAGUGAUCACGGCAUCUCUAAAAGAGGCGCAUAUCGAGAGCUAUAUGAGUACAUGACAGGCUUUCUAUUGGAGAAGUGGGGGAAAGGAGGUCGUCGGCGGGGAUGAACUGCUGGUUGAAACGGUGAGUGACAAGAUGGGGUAUAGGCUGCACUACGGACUGCCGAGCGAAGAUAGCAGAUGCCUAGCAAUGUGAUAUUUAUUUGAAACCUUAUGCAAUCACAACUGGUGUGGGAGGAUUAUGUUC